AUGGCAUCGUUAGCGAUCCAUAACUAUAAUACUUUUGGUGGAAAUUGGUUGGACAUAGCUCAAGGAAACAUGCGACGCCAAGUUGAAGCCGGUAUCAGGGGACAUCGUUGUUUUGGAUCGGCAGCGAUCAACAUGAUGAUGGUCGCACAAGGUGCAUGUGAUGCGAUGGUUGAAUACGGUCUUCAUGCUUGGGAUGUGGCAGCAGCAGCGGUGAUCAUUUCCGAAGCGGGUGGCUGCUUAAUCGAUCCAACAGGAGCACCAUUCAAUGUGAUGUCUCGUAAAGUACUUUGUGCGAGCACGAUGGAGUUGGCACAAAGCCUUAGCAAUCUUCUCACCCACGCUGAUUUUGAGCCCGAAGGCUGA